AUGCCGCUACACCUCCUCGGCAAGAAAUCAUGGAACGUUUACAAUCAAGAGAAUAUCGCUCGCGUCCGGCGCGACGAGGCGCAGGCUAAAGCUCGAGAGGAGGAAGAGGAGCGUCGCAUGCAGGAGGUUGACGCUGAGCGAAGAAUCAAAAUUCUGCGCGGAGAACGACCGUCAACACCAAUUCCACCGCCGCCGGAGCCCUCUGUUGCUCUCACAGACAAACACAAGCACUACCCGGAGGAUGCGGCGAGUCGACGAAAGAGAAGACGUCUGGCUGGGGAGAACGACACGGAUAGGGAUAUCAGAAUUGCUCAUGAGGAUGCGAAGAGAGCGAUAGCCACCCAGGACCAGCGGGCUCGUCUUCGUUCGAGCGAUGCGCCACUUCAUGAUAGCAGCGGGCAUAUCGACCUAUUCCCGGCAGAAAAAGCCCGCAAACCAGUUGAGAAGAACACGGAGGCUGAAAAGGAGUCCUCUAAAAGGCAACGAGAAUUUGAAGACCAAUAUACGAUGCGCUUCUCGAAUGCAGCGGGGUUUCGGCAGUCAGUCACUCAAACGCUUUGGUAUUCGUCAUCCCGGGUGGAUGCAGAGGCAUCAGAAUCCAUGCCAAGCAAGGAUGUUUGGGGUAAUGAGGACCCUCUAAGAAGAGAGCGAGAAAAGGCACGGAUGGAUGCCAAUGACCCUCUGGCAGCGAUGAAGAAAGGGGUCCAACAGCUACGGUCGGUUGAGCGAGAAAGGAACAGAUGGAACGAGGAGCGGAAGCGCGAGCUCGAGGAAUUGAAGUCCACGAAAGAUUCCCGGUCGCGUCGCCGCAGAAGACGAUCACCAUCGCUAAAUAGCCUUGAGGACUUCAGACUCGAUGCUUCCCCAGACGGUCGCCAGAAACACCAUGAUAGAAGCUCACCUCGACGUCAUCGUCAUCAUCACCAUCACCAUCAUCGCAAGGACAGAAGCCGAGAGCGAUCUCAUCGUCGAGAUUCACAUUCUAAAACGGAAUCCCACCAUCGUCGCCAUGACCGUCGUAGACCGGCAAUGCCACAAAUUGAACGUGAUUAA